CACACAUCUCUGUCACCACUGAGCCGUCCAGUCUUCUGAGGAGGAGGAGGAGGAGAAGAACAUUAGAGGUGCUGGUGUGGCGAGCCACAGAGGCUGUAAAAAAAACCACCCAAAGGGCUGACUGCGGUUCUGUCGACGGAUUUAUUUUUGAGAUAUGAGUCAUCGUAACACUAUAUUGAAGCUUGCCAGCUAGUGGUGUGUGAUCUGGAGGGAGAGUAAAGGACAGGAGAGAAUAUGGAGUUGUCAGAUGGCUUGUUGCUGCAGGUCAACAACGGAGAACAGUGGUGUAACCGCUGGAAGCACCCCAAUGACGACUCGGACCGCAGCACCAGCCCUUCAGUCCUGCGCUGUGUCACCAGCACGUGGAAGGAGGGACUGCUGAACAGAAAGAGGCCCUUCGUUGGUCGUUGCUGUCACUCCUGUACACCGCAGAGCUGGGAGAAGCUGUUCAACCCCAGUAUUCCAUCUCUGGGACUGCGCAAUGUCAUCUACAUCAACGAGACUCAUACUAGACAGCGGGGCUGGUUGGCGCGCAGGCUGAGUUAUGUGCUGUUUGUCAUGGAGAGGGAUGUUCACAAGGACAUGUUCACCAGGAACGUGGUGGACAACGUGCUCAACAACAGCGGGGUGGAGAGGGCUAUUGUGAAGGUUGCCACAGAUUUGGAUGCUACAGCCAGCCAGCCUGGGCAGCAACACAAAGCUGUCAGUAAAGUAAAGCAGAAAGCCAGGGCCUUCCUCCAGGAAAUGGUGGCCAACAUUUCACCAGCCUUCAUCAGGCUGACAGGCUGGGUGUUGCUGAGGCUCUUUAAUGGUUUCUUCUGGAGCAUUCAGAUUCACAAGGGCCAGCUGGAAAUGGUCAAGAAAGCUGCUACAGAGCAAAAUGUGCCCAUGGUCUUCCUCCCUGUUCACAAAUCCCACAUUGACUACCUGCUCAUCACCUUGAUCCUGUUCUGUCACAACAUCAAAGCCCCACACAUCGCUGCUGGAAACAACCUAAGCAUCCCUAUCCUCAGCACCCUGAUCCGUAAACUGGGAGGAUUCUUCAUACGGCGAAGAAUGGAGGAAACUGGAGAUGGAAAGAAAGACAUUUUGUACAGAUCACUCUUGCACACAUAUACUGAGGAGUUGUUACGUCAGCAGCAGUUUCUGGAAGUGUACCUGGAGGGUACUCGCUCCCGAAGCGGUAAGCCGUCUCCACCGCGUGCAGGCAUGCUGUCCAUCGUGGUAGACGCACUGUGCACCGGUUCCAUCCCAGAUGUACUGGUGGUGCCAGUUGGCAUCUCGUACGACCGUAUUAUUGAGGGAAACUACAAUAGCGAGCAGCUGGGCAAGCCCAAGAAGAAUGAGAGUUUGUGGGGAAUAGCAUGUGGAGUUUUCAGGAUGCUGAGAAAAAACUACGGUUGCGUCCGAGUUGACUUCAACCAGCCCUUCUCCCUAAAGGAGUACCUGGACUCUCAGAGAAGCCGUCACAUUCCACCACCAGUGUCCCUGGAACACAACUUGAUGCCCUCAAUUAUUUCUGCACAGCCCGACGCUCAGCUGUUCAAUGGGCAGGAGGAGCAGCAGCUGAACAGAGAGCUGCACGAUGACAUCUUCAGGCGACAACUUAUUAACAACCUGGCCAAGCAUGUCCUCUUCACUGCUAACAAGUCGUCAGCGAUCAUGUCUACCCACAUUAUUGCCUGCCUGCUGCUGUACAGACACAGACAGGGCGUGGUGUUGUCCAAGCUGGUUGAAGACUUCUUCAACAUGAAGGAGGAGAUCCUGUCGCGGGACUUUGACCUGGGCUUUUCGGGGAACUCGGAGGAUGUGGUAAUGCGCGCCCUCCACCUGCUGGGAAACUGCGUCAAUGUGACCAGCAGUGCAAAUCGCAAUGGAGAGUUCACCAUCGCACCCAGCCAAACUGUACCGGCGCUUUUCGAGCUCAACUUCUACAGCAACGGCCUUUUCCAUGUCUUCAUUUCUGACGCAAUCAUUGCCUGCAGCAUCCUGUCCCUGCAGCGAGAGCUGGUGGUGGAAUCAGAGUCUGAUCAGCAGCCUGGUGGUCCCAAUAGCCUCCCUCUCAGUCAGGAGAGACUCAUCCGCAAAGCUGCCGGGCUCUCCCACUUCCUUAUUAAUGAGGUGGCUGUCGCACCACCCUGUCAGACUAUUUACCAGGUUUUCCACGAUGCAGUGACGCGACUGAUCCAGUAUGGAGUUCUCUACGUAGCAGAGGAGGAUCAGGAGGAACUGAGCCCCAGCCCCACAGAGGAACCCUGGCCCAAAAAGUUCCCAGAGCCCCUCUCCUGGAGGAGCGAUGAGGAGGAUGAAGACAGUGACUUUGGAGAGGAGCAGAGAGAUCGCUACCUAAAGGUGAGCCUCUCCGCAGAGCACCAGGAGUUCUUCAUCUUCCUACAGCGACUGCUCAGCCCGGUGCUGGAGGCCUACAGCGGGGCUGCCAUCUUCGUCCACAGUCUGAGUCAGCCCAUGGCGGAGUCUGACUACACCCAGAGGCUCUUCAGAUACCUGCUCACCCGCACUGAGAGGGGAGUGGCUGCUUAUGGUGAAAGUGCAACUCAUUACCUGGUGAAGAACACAGUGAGGACAUUCAAAGAGCUGGGGGUCCUAAAGGAGAGAAGAGAGAACCGGGUGACGACUCUGGAGCUGAGCAGCACCUUUCUACCUCAGGCCAAUCGGAACAAACUCCUGCAGUACAUUUUAGGUUUCACCCUGCUGUGACCUCGUCACCUUCAGCCCAGCUCAGACCCCCCCCAGGCUCCUUCCAAUAAAGGGCUUCUACUGGUUACUUCUAAACAAUCCCAGGUGCUACUCUGUGGAAAGCUUUACCAGGAAGUGCCUUCACGUAAAAGCCGCUAACUGUUAGCUGUUAGCCGGAAGAGACUUGAAGCCAGUCUUCCCUUUUGGUUCCAGUCUGACUAUCUGUCGUAGAACUGUGCAGCUGAUUAAAAAAAAAAACACACGUGCGGUUCAUUGAAGAGGUACUUCUAGGAAUCAUACUCUCUUUGUGAACUUUGCCAGUAAAGUCAUGAGGUUUUAAUAUAAUCAGAAUUUUAGUAAUAUACUCAAGCAGGUUAGUAGGUAAGAAUCACAGCAAUUCAAACAAAGCAAGCUGCCUUUCGUCUAUACACGUGAACAAGAAAAAUAUGCAUAGAAAAUGGUUAAACAUAACCAACAACGAAGGCAUUUUUAUAUUAACUCUUUCUGCUCGUUUGUGAAAUGCUGUAUUCCCUCCAGUGCACCCCACUAUCAUACAGUAGAGAACUAGUCAGACGUUUAGAGAAAGACUCAUUUUGAAAAGAAAUUCCUGUACAUAGACCAUUAAAAACAAUCUCUCUUAUAGUUCAUCAAUUUAUUUGUAGUGCAUAAUCUAAAAUGUGUGCAGUCAGGUGUCAUCAAAUUUAAAAAUUGAAGCAACAUUAGAGAAGACGUUAAAGAUUUGCUGACUCCUGAGGGAUACAACAUCCCUGCAACAUGCAUACAUAUCCAAAGUUUCAUUUACAAAACUAUCUGUCCUGAAUCUAAUACUACAUACAAACAGUUAAGGUCAGUCAUACUGCACAGUUACUGUUACUGAGAUAUCAAAAAAAAAUAAGCAGCAAACAAGUUCAUCCUCGCAAAAAUCUCUGCUUAGCAAACACAAGAUGUAUCGGUUGAAAGUCAGACAUAGCUUAAAACACGAGCAUCCACAGUUAAGUGCUUUCAAACCACUACUAUCUAAGUGCAUUCGGUUACACUCUUCGUCAUGGGUUUGGAUGAAGAGUGAGUUUGAUCUCUGUAUGUGUAACACUUGUAAAUCACCCUUCAAUGAAUGUUACAUAGCACAGCACUUAAAAAUACCUAAUACCAGCCAUCACAUCCAUUUAAGUUCAAACGAAACAAGCUCAGAAACUCUUUGGUCAUGCCUUUCAGGGAAAGCAGAGAUUUGGGAUUACCACCAUUUUUUUCCUGUAUUAUGAACACACUGUAUGAAAGCCUUUAAUAGCACCACUGCUGAGAGAGCAUUUUUUUUCUUUGCACCAGUGGUUGGGCAUUUGUUAGACAGAGGAAUGGCGUAGUGUGGAAAAAUAAAUGGUACAUAUCCACUCUGUAAUCUGUUUGAACAAAAGGUCACAUCUCUCAAAGUUGGCUAUUUGUGAAAAGAAGAUAACGCUGUGUCCGCUGUCAAGAAACUUGAGGUCUUGGAGCAAGUGGGGAGGACAUCUUUCUCCAUUUGAGUUGUUUACUUUUAAAUCCAGACUGCUGCAAGGAGCAGUUAACAUUCUUGAAAGAAAUAAUAGUCAGGUUUACAUAUUCUUGUUUUUUCUUGGUUAAAGAAAUGUUUCACCUCAGUUUUUCAGUAAUUCAGUCUUACUUUAAAAAAAAAAUCACAGUCUAAAAAUGUACUUUUACUACCUGUAAGUAGAUCCUGAUAGUUUCAUUUUGUUUCCCAAAAUACAAGUGUGAAAAAAAUAUUGUGUCAGACAAGUUUGGAAUAAAAACUCAUGAAAAUCAAAAAACUACCAAAGUAGAACAUGAGAGAAUAAAACCUGAUAGUGAAACCUCACUGCACAGCGUCUGUGCAUGUAGCUGCAGAACAUUUACCAGUUUGCAUUUUUAUGUUAAAAACAACUUACAACAGGACUCAAUAAACACACAAACACAUUCUAAACUUUUUUUUUUUUUUUUUUUGCAUUGUACCUGAACAAAUGUGUAACAGCCAACUUAAUGUUGGUUCGUGAAUGUGCGCGAUGCUGAAAUGAGGCACAAACAGCUGACUGGAAAAAAGGAAGGAACGUGUUCGGAAAGGUCAGAGGAAGUUUGGUUAAUCACUGUCAUGAUCGGAGGAGACGCGAACUCGAAAUCUCAGAUCGAUAAUGUGAAGACGGUGUGAAUGUUAGAAACUUUCAUUCAAUAAUCUGUCAGGGUAAUUUUUUGAUAAAAAAUGAAUCAAAUGAGAAUUGGGUGUCUGGUUUAAACGUAUUUAAAUAAAUAUCUUAAAUAUGUGCUGACAACGGUCUACAACACUGCUUGUUACAAUUAAUUUGAAUAACAGCUUUAUUUAAUCUUAUAAAUCUGCAUAUUUUCAUGCAGUUUUUUUUUUUUUUGUCAAAUCUAUGUACAAAAUGAUCCAUAAAUGUUGAAGGUUACUUGUUGUGGAUUGAUGAAUGACACCCGUAGCAUGUUGAAGAAGAGAAAAGUAUGUUUUUUAAACGGGAAUGUGAGCAGAGUGCGCAAAAUCAGUUGACAUCCACGUAACACAUUUGUCCGUGCUGCAACUCAGUGGGAGACAUUUAACGCAUUUCUGAGCCCACAAUCUGUAAAAGGUCCCCCACACACAGAGGGACCUCUCCGCCAAGAUAAAAACCACUCUACGUACUGUACUGCAUGUUUCCUCUUUGUCGCCUUUAAUCAUCGACACUUCAAUGUGAACCUCUACUUAACCUGAGAAUUGUAUUUUACAGUCUAGUGUGUGAAUUAUGUCGAAGAGAAAGGUAGCUGUUUGUGUAGGAGAUGAAUUUGUUACCUCUUGAAUGUAUCUCAUCUGUCCCCAUAAAAGGUCAGUGUGAUAUUGUAGAAUACUCAGUGGAGUCGGUACAGAUAUAAACUACUCGUGGGGGUUGUUGAGACUUGUUGGCUCUUUAAGCUGCAUUAACAGCAUCCCGCCACAGCUAUGUAACUUUGUAGGUUUAAAAAAAAAAACAAAAAAAAACAAAGCCUGUAUCUGGGGAACAGGUGCCUUUUUUUAAUGCACUGUAGUGUUCUUUGGUUGUGUUUUUGUUCUGUUUUUGUGCAUGUUAACAAAGAUUAUUCUGUGUGUGAAUCCAAAAGAACACGAGUAGAUUGUAACUUUAAAAAAAACAAAACAAAACAUACACACACACACAAGAGCAGAGAACUUGUGGUUACCAUAAGAAGAAUCACCAGCUACUAAAAUAAAUGUGUCACUUUUUUUGUUGUUGUUGUUGCUUUCUGAGAGCAAAGCACAAUUGGCAUUAUUAGAUUUUGUUUUUAAAUAAAUUAAUGAUAGAUUAA